AUGGAACGAACCUUUGAUGACUCUUUUCCCCUCGAAGUCCGCUGCACAUCGUCCUCCGCCUCAUGGCUCAGCCAGCUCUCCUUGCCCGAGUUCUGGCAGUGGUAUGUAGAGCUGACUGAUGAGGUAAUUGAACGGGCAAGAUCUGUCUGGGGUGGCGUUGGUGUUGGUUUGGGCGACGAGUGCUUGAAUAUGAUUGGCGCGGAUCUCAAGCAAGUACGCCGCUGUACGCAGUCACACAUUCCAUGUGUGGGAAGUGAGGUCGCUAUGCGAAGCUGUGGAACUUGGCGCCUAAAAUCAUUCCUAAACCCUCACAACAUGAACUUCAAUGAGCAGGCGCAAACUGGGAACUUCUUGGAUCAAAUGGAAGGAGACUUACCAGGACAAGCGAAUGUGAACGAUGGGUAUAUCAAGUUGUGCGACGGCGUAGGGACAAUCGGCCGCCAUCUACUCUCCAUCGAGGCCAGCGGAAUCCCAGGAGAGGUACGACUAUCAACAUCUGUAAGACAUAAUUACAUUUCUUAUUCACGAACCGGUACUUCGAUCCAGUCACCUACUAGCCAUCGAGGCCAGCGGAAUCCCAGGAGAGGUACAACACCAAGUACGAAUGCAUACUUCAUCACAACAUUGUCAUCUAACUUCACCGGUCAGAUCAUAUCGUUUCUCGAGACUUAUCGGAUGAGGAAGGCGACGAGUGUAUAG